GGUAGCGAAGCCAAUAAAAAAAUGCGCGCAUUCGUUUGUCAACUUUUCAACGCGUGAAGUUGUGAGUUAUGUCUGAUACCUGCUGCGUUUUCACAAACAGAAUAUUCGUUGCACGCCUCAAGUCCAUGGGAAGGCAGUGUAAGGUGUACAUCUACAGUCAGUUCUCGCAGGAAUCCAACUCUUUCGCGCAAAGCGAAACGGUAACAGUCACCGGGCUAACAAACGCUCGGCAGUGCCAGCUCGCCCGCGUCGACGACUUCGAAAGUCUGCUCAGACAGCUCGUGUUAGCCGUUUGUUGCGCAGAAAGCGUGGUGCAGACCUUUCCACCGAGCCACUCCGUGAUAGUGGGAGACAUACUUGGACAAGGCUACGAACAAGUCGUCGGAUUUAUCGUCGGUCAAAUACUGUCGGACACACUGUGGUACGACGCAGGUGGUAAAGCAACUGCUGAGGCAGUGUCCUCCGGGCUCAAGGAUACCAUAGCUUCGCUCCAGAAGCAGUGUUGUGUGAGUUUCUGGGAAUCCCACACUUGCAAACGGCCCAUAUCUUCGUCUUCAACGCAGAUUGGACAAACUGCCGUGGAGAAAACUAACCGCACGAUAGCGGAGACGGAUGCCUUGAUAGAAAACCUGGCACGCGCUUUGAGGGAGAAAAAUUUACGAGGCCAGGUACAAAUCGAGGCACCGGACGCACGGGAACUGGCUUUCAUAAGGAGGAGCACGGGCCUCAUCUCCAUAGUACCGUCAGACGACGGAGUCAUCGAUCAUCCACCAACGCUCAGGGACGACGGUCCUGGAUCUCAAACGACGAUUAAGCCGGCUUCGUCUUGGGCACAGUUGUACGGGCCGAGACUUCUACUCGGCUGGAUAUUCAACAAAGAAAUGCUCGGGAGAGAGCCAGACGUCCACGUCACAAGCCCAGACGUAACCUUCGACGUCCACACUGCCCUCUCUACCGAUGCCGUAACCGUAGGUGCAUGCUGCCCGCUCCCAGACUUGGAAAAGCUUCCCGUAACAAUCCUCGUAGACUUCGCGGUACACUCCUGCACCGUCGACGUUGCCACCGUUCCGUCGAUAUCUAACCCAACGACCGAAACUGUUCUCUCUCUCCGAUCCCAACAACUUCGGCACGACCUUCUGGUCGAGUCCCGCUCUGUUUCCUUGCAUCAAGAAUGGGACCAGCUGGUCAAAGACCUGUUCUUUGGCACCGGUCCCGGAGUUUAUCUCUGCAGCGUCGCAUCGUCCGUGCUGUACGAAGUUAACUUCACGAUAGAGUCCGGCGGAAAUUCUUGUACAAAGUUACAAGUUUACGUAGGCUUGGCUUCUCAGUACUCUGCAUUCAAACGGUGGCUGGCUGACAUUCUCCCGGAUGAUGCUAGCGCAGCCCCGCCUCCGGACGGACCGUCGGACUUGCACCUGAACGUCAAGCGCCGCCUCAUGCGCGAAGCAGACGUUGCUCGGUCCAUCGUACAGCGUCCGACGCGCGAAUACGCGAGCCUGCGGCGACACCUGCUGGCGGCGGAGUGCGACACCGAUGAAGCGGUGCUGAGGCUCCUGCACUGCCUUCCGACAAACUAUGUUUCAUGAAGAAAAUGAUUUGCGCGUGUGAAUGUGGUAGUGGAAGGAAUAUUGUAAAAUACAUCUUUAGGCAGGCUGGCUCACGCAUAAUAAAUGUACGUGGAAUGAGGAAGCCUAGGAGAAAACGCAA